AGGGAGCUGUGCCUGCCUUAUGCUCGGAGUGGGAUCAGCUUCUUAAGAAGGCGACCUUGUCAAGAGGUGUGGUCUCAAAUCUUUAUAGCUUAAUGUUUAGGGCUGCCCCAAUGCAUAUUCUUCUAUCCAGCUGGCUUGGUAACAUGAUGUCAAUAUAUCCUUGACUUCUUCUCAGUGGAAUACAAUUUGGAGGUUGAAUUUAGGAUCAUACAUACAAGAUUCUGACUAGAGUAUAUAUUUCCCUGGCUAUCCAAGAUGGAUGACAAACACCCAGAUUUAUGCUGGCACAAUUAUGGAAACCAUUACUCCACCUGCUUUGGGACUGUCCUGCUGUUAAAACACUCUGGUUAGAAGUAAUAUCCCUAAUGUCCGAAAUGUUUAAUGGGUAAUUUCCCAGUGCUGCUGGGGCAACAACCGGACAAUAGUGGUGAAGUCACCGUUGACUGGCUCUGGACAUUGGGUUGCUUAUCUACCAAAAGACUAAUUCUUUAAAACUUGAAGGAACGUAAACCAGCCUGCUUCUCUAGGGAUUUAUGACUGGAAAAAUACCUGGACUUACUGAACAUGGAACGGGCAGCCUGCCUGUUGACAAGGGCCUGGAGGACCACUGGGACACUGUCCGCAUGUUCCCUGUUUGAUUAUGUUGCAAAUAGUAACUGAUUAUUGAUUAGACAAUUGAGACGUGUUGGGCAUCUCAACCCUUCUCUCCCUCCUCUCACUUGUCUGUUUUUGUUCUUUUUAUAUCUCAGGUACUUGCCCCCACUUCAGAAGGCUUGCAUGAAGAAUGUAUAUGAAGGAGAAAAAACAAACAAAAGAAACGGCGGGUUCUAGGUGUCACCCUUGCCAUGGAAAUUUGUGCCAUUUAGACUUACUGUUGAACACACCAAAAUGUAUAGUGUGCAGGUUGUCUGUAAAGAAAAUUUGAUUUUUUUUAUACCUUAAUCAAAUCAUUAAACUUCAAGGAAUCCUACAUCAAAGGUACAGCCACAGUUAUGAGUAGGACCGUUACAAUGGUGAAUGAAAUUUAAAUAUUCAGUAGCAUUAAUAAACUCACCACCAUACAGGCUUUGUAAAAUCUUACAGCUACAUCAGCAGUAAAAUCAGAUAAAAAGCAAAUUUGAGUCUGUGAAGGAUGACAGAUUAUAAUCCUGUUUCAAACUUUCCUACAAUACCCAGUGUUCUCUGCAAACACUCUCCACAGCUACUGUAUAUAGUAUGUAUUGUAUAAUAUUUUAUCAUGCUAAAGUUGAAACUUUUGUAAGUGGAUUAACACUACAAAUAAUGGUGUGGAAUAACAUCACACCUCUUUUGAUACACUUUUGUGGGACAGUUUAAGUCAUAGCUCUGUGUACUCAUCUGAGUUCAUUGUUGAAAAAUUAAAAAAACACCCCUCCAGCCAUUAACUUUACACUCCUAAGAUGACAUCAUCAGUUGGAGCCGCAGGGAUUAGUAAUCUUCUGCUGAUAGGCUCACAGGGAAAAGGGGUGUGAUUUUGUUAAUAAAAGCAUGCAACAUACUAAAUGUCAAAGUAAAGCAGUGCACAGUCUGAGAGUAAAACAACAGCAGAAUCCUCACCAGAAGAAAAUAAGUCCCAGAAGACUGCGAGCUCUCCUAACAUGAUGCCGACGGCUAAAGGCAUGUCCCACGUGAUACCCAAUCAUGUUCUGAGAGUGGGUCAAACUGUCCGCCUGGCCUCGGCGCAGGAGGCAGGCAGUCAACACCCCAGGCUCACGGAGCCCAGUGAUGACCAUGGUGACCCUGAUCUGGACAUUUCCCUGGACAAUCUCAACCAGCUCAUCCUGGAACUGGAUCCGACAUUUGAACCCAUUCAGGUCAACAUAAGUCCCAAAUGCAUCAGCCCUCCUACAGACGACUCCUGCUCCGAUGAAGAUGUCUCCCACUGUGUGUUGGUCCCUAGAGGAUGUUCUCCCUGCUCCUCGCCCACCGUGGUCCUAUCUAUGUCACCCAGUAUACCCAUCCCGACACACAGCAGUCUCAGCUGCAGUCCCCAUGGCAGGCUGGUGUUCACGGGCUCCCCUACGUCCUCCCUGCCUCCGCUGCCAUGUGGAAGUGCACCCAGACGAAAUCCCUCACCGAAGCACGAUGUAGCCUUUUCCCAAGGAUCCCUGCGCUUGUCACACUCCAACAGAAACAGUGCUGCCUCGCUCCUCUCCAUGUCAACAUGCUCAGACACCAGCUACAUCAUUGGCAGCAACCUGUCACUGGCCAGUGAAGACGCUGACUCUCCAGAGUCCAUCUUUACUCACACGACCGGCUCCUUCAGUGACGGGUCCAGAACGAGGCCCUUUGAUAGCAGGCACAGCCCAGAAAAGCCCUCGCUGACAAAGCGAGGACAUCUACAGGAGCUUCACAGCAAAGGAGCACAGAGCAGUCCUGCUUCACUCUCUGGGUCUUUGACCGAUAUUCCUGUACUGCUAGUCAAUGGUGAACCACAGCCGGAUCUGCACAGUCACCGGUCUCCUGGACCAGAAAUUGACUUGAUACACACCAUACCUGUGUCCAGCUCAAAGCCAUUUUCUCCUCACAGUUUCCAAGCCCAUUUUAAUGCCAGCCAGCCCUCAAUGAAAUUUGUCAUGGACACUUCGAAGUUUUGGUUCCGUCCGCAUAUCAGCAGAGCAGAAGCUGAAGCCCUGGUAAAAGACAAGGAAGCAGGAACGUUUGUGGUGAGAGACAGCACCUCCUACAGAGGCAGCUUCGGUCUGGCCAUGAAGGUGGACCAAAUGUCCGCCAACUUCACCGCUACUGCCUACCCAGGAGAGAGCAGUUCAGAUCUUAUCAGACACUUCCUUAUUGAAUCAUCAGCUAAGGGCGUACGCAUCAAAGGUUCCUCUCAGGAACCAUACUUUGGUAGUCUCUCUGCCCUGGUCUACCAGCACACUAUUUCUGCUUAUGCUUUACCCUGCAAAUUACUCCUCUACUCCCAAGAUCUGGGCACACCAGAAGGGAGGGCAAAUGACAAACCAGCAUCAGAGGACAAGAGUAAAACAGCUUGCAAUUUCGUCUACCUGAAUGCUGUCCCCACUGAGAUGCUGACGGGCCCUUGUGCAGUGCAGAAGGCGGUGUCCUCCACGCUUGACAACGCCCCGGGUUCCUUCGCACCAACCCUAGUCAACCUGAAGGUGUCUUUGAAGGGUGUUACACUGACAGAUAUCAACAGGAAGCUCUUCUUCAGGCGCCAUUACCCUGCUUACCUGCUUAGCUACAGUGGUGAAGAUCCAGGCAAUAGACUGUGGGUGAAAGGUUCCAGUUUUGGUGCAAGGAUGUUUGGCUUCGUGGCAAAAGGUACAGAGGCUGGCAUGGAGAAUGUAUGCCACAUCUUUGCAGAAUAUGACCCGCUGCAGCCUUGCAACAAAGUCAUCAAGGUUAUUCAGGCCGCCAUAGCCAAGCCAUAAACACACACUGAGACAACAUGAUACAGCAUGGGGUCCUAAGGCCCUACCUUUCUGCCACAAAGCCCACGUGCGUCUUAUACUCUACUUUUCUUCAGUAACAUGUCCAAUAUGGUGGUCACCGUAAGUGUAACUACUGCUGUUGUUAAACUGGACAAGUUACUGUAGCUACCGGAGUACAAUACCAGCAAAAUCUGAAUUAGAAGUAGCUUAGGACUAUCCAGACCCAUACUACGGUCAGAUGAUAAAAGGCAUGUUGAAAAGACAGCUGUAACUGUGGCAUAUAUGAAGAUAUACGAGACUGAACAGCCGUCAUGCAAGAACAUAACAGACACGGAUCCAGCAACAUAUGAUUGUAAUUAAAUGGCACGCUACUACUGUUAAAGUAUCCAACUAGUUUGUAAAAAUGCUAAAACAAACUCAACAAUAUUGUUGUAAUAUGAAGCUCCCAAAAAAUCAUUUCAUUGUAAAAUGUUAUUGUAUAAAAUGUUAGAAACCAGUGCCUUAGGGCAUGGUAAAGUAGUUGCUUUUUCUUGUUUCUUCACGUAGAAUGAUUCCUCAUGUAAAUUGGGGUGUAAAUCUGCACUAGCCGAUGCUAUUAUAUAUAGUGAUGAGGGAUUUUGAAGGUUUUGUUAAUAGACUCAAAGGAAAACAACUGACAUACUGUCAUGUCCUUUCAUUUCAAACUCUGCAGAUACCCUAGUUGUAUAGUUCAGAAUGUAUUUAUUAGACUGCACUGUAAACAUUCUCUUCUCUGUAUAUAUAUAUAUUUCAAAUUGUUAUGAUGAAAAAUAAACGUGUUGUACUUAACUGUU